AUGCUCCACCAACAACAGCCCUGCAGCUACAACAGCGGCACCAACAACUACCGCAUCUACAACUGCCACACCAACAACCGCCGCACCUACAACUCUCACGCCAACAACAGGAGCACCUACAACUGCGGCACCUACAACAGCGACACCUAUAACUGCCGCACCAACAACAACAACUGCCGCACCUACAACUGCCAGACCAACAACAGCAGCACCUACGACAGCUGCAGCUACAACAGCAGCACUUACAACUGCCGCACUAACAACAGCAGCCCCUACUACACCUGCACCAACAACAACUGCACCGACAACAGCCGCACCUGCAACUGUUGCACCAACAACAGCCGCACCUGCAACUGCAGCACCAACAACAGCAGCCCCUACUACUGCAGCACCAACAACAGUCGCACCAACCACAGCAGCCUCUACUACAGCAACACCAACAACUGCCGCACUAACAACAGCAGCACCUACGACAGCUGCAGCUUCAACAGCAGCACCUACAACUGCCGCACUAACAACAGCGGCCCCUUCUACAGCUGCACCAACAACAGCCACACUUACAACAGCAGCACCAACAACGGCCGCCCCAACAACAGCAGCCCUUACUACAGCAGCACCAAUAACAGCUGCACCAACAACAGCCGCACUUACAACAGCUGCACCAACAACAGCCGCACCAACAACAGCAGCACCAACGACAGCUGGAGCUACAACAGCAGCACCUACAACUGCCGCACCAAACACAGCAGCCCUACUACAGCUGCACAAACGACAGCAGCACCAACAACUGCCGGACAAACAACAGCAGUACCUACGACAGCUGCAGCUACAACACCAGCACCUACAACUGCCGCACUUACGUCAGCAGCAGCUACAUCUGCCGCGCCAACAACAGCAGCAUCUACAACAGCUCCACCAACAACAGCAGCACCAACAACUGCCACACCAACAACAGCAGCUACUAUAACUGCCGUACCUACAACUGCUGUACCUACAACCGCAGCACCAAGCACUUUGUCCUCUGAUCCAGUUUAUAGCCUUUCAUUAGGCUUGCCAUCAGUAACUUUUACAGCUGCCCUUUCUGACCCCAACACCACUGAGUUCAAAACUCUUGAACAAUCAGUCAUAAAUACUUUUACACCAAUCUACCAAAAAGAAUUUGGAAAAAAAUUUAAACGAUGCAAAGUCAAAAAGUUCAGUGCCAUACCUCCACGAGCAACUGGAACUGAAGCAACGAUUGAAGUUGUGUUCGAUAGUACUACUCCUAUUGCAGAUCUCCCACAGAAUAAUGUUGUUGCUGAAGUCUUAGUAACAGCUUUGAGUAAUCCCAACAAUACCUUCAAUGUGAGCAUAGAUCCGGGAUCAGUCAAAGUAGUAGAAGGUCCAAUUCCAACUACAGCACCUACAACUGCUUUAUCCACAACUGCUGUAUCUACAACGGCCGCACCUUCAACUACUUUAUCCACCACUGCUGUUUCUUCAACAAUUGCACCGUCAACUGCUGUAUCUACUACUGCUGUAUCUACUACUGCUGUAUCUACAACUGCUGCACUCACAAUAGCGAGAGUGUCCUUCAGAUCUGUUCAAAGCACAUUUACAGAUGACUUGCUGAAUCCAUCAUCCACAGCUUUUAAAAAUCGAGAAGCAUUGAUAAAUGGACAGCUUGAACCGGUCUUCAAAACAACAUUCCCCUCCUUCAGUGCCUUGAAAGUGGUGUCAUUCAGGAGUGGAUCAGUCAUCAACACUAUGGACCUUAGCUUUGUAGGCCCACUUGCUCCUAAUAACACUCAGAUUACAAGCUCUUUGAUCAAAGCAGCUUCAAGCGUCAGCGGCUUUGACAUUGAAGGCAGCUCCAUCAGCGUGAAUGGCAUCUCUUCGGGUGGAGUAAGCCACAAAAUCAGUCUUGUCACUGCAGCCUGCCUGGUACUGUGUUCAUGGCUACUGUAAAGCAAGCAAUAAUAUCUGUGCUGAUUCCAUUUUAAUUUAAAGUCAUGACACUAAUGACUGAUGUGAAAAGGGAAUCUGUUAGUAAAUAUCCAAAAGUAAUGAUUGCCUUAUUAAGGCUUUGAAAGCUUCAGAUAAAUUUACUAUCAAAUGUAACUUUGCAAAACCCCUAGAGAGGUAAAAGAAUUGUGCAAAACAAAAUA